GGCCUCCUCUCAGUGGGCGUGGCUCCGCCUUCAUUACGGUGCCCCCUCCCCCAGGAGGUUUUAGCCCCGCCCCUCCCCGCCGCGGGGCAUUGUGGGAGCGGAAGUGGGACAGGCGGCAGCAUGGCGGGCAGCGGGAGGAGGAGCCUGGCGGAGCUGAGCGUGGACGAGUUCCUCGCGGACGGCUUCGAGUCGGAGCCCGACGGCGAUGAGGAGGGGGAGGAGGAGGCGAGGCCGAGGCCGAAGCAGCGGGAGCGGGGCCGGGCCCAGGCGGCCCCCAGGAAGAAGGGGAAGGCCUCCGAGCACAAAGACCAGCUCUCCCGGCUGAAGGAAAAAGACCCUGAGUUCUACAAGUUUUUGGAAGAAAACGACCGCACUCUGCUGAACUUUGAUGCCUCAGACAGCUCUGAUGAGGACGAUGAGAGGUUGCAUGUACCACCUGACACGCUGGAGGAAGCGAGUGAUGAAGAUGAAGACGAUGAAGACGAAGAUGAAGACGAACGUAAAACAGCCAAACAUAAGAAAGCUGAUACCAUUCCUGUCAGCUUGAAGAUGGUUGAAGAAUGGAAGAAAGCUGCGGAGAGACGGCUAACACCAAAGCUCUUCCAUGAAAUCACUCAAGCAUUCAAAGCGGCCGUAGCAACUACCAAAGGAGAUAAUGACGGGGCUGACCCUAGCAAGUACAAAGUCAUUGAUGCUGCAGUGUUCAAUGCCCUUGUGUCCUUCUGUGUCCGGGACCUCUUCCACUGCCUGCAAGAGCUGCUGCUUAUAAAAGCCCCGAAGAACAAACAAAAGUUGGUCCUCCCUUCCAGCAGCCCAAUUUGGAGCAAGCUGCGACUGGACAUAAGAAUGUACCUGACCUGUACAAUCCAACUCCUGUCUUGUUUAACAGAAGCCUCUGUUGGAGCAGCGGUCCUUCAGCAUGUCAAUGCCACAGUGCCUUAUUACCUGACCUUCCCAAAGCAGUGCCGUAUACUUCUCAAGCGAGUAGUUCAUUUGUGGAGCACGGGCGAGGAAACCGUGAGAGUGCUGGCCUUCCUCGUGCUGAACAAGAUCUGCCGCCACAAGAAAGACGCGUACCUGCACACCUUGCUGAAGCAAAUGUACAUCUCGUUUGUGAAGAACUCAAGAUUUACUUCUCCCAAUGUGCUGCCCAUGAUCAACUUCAUGCAGCGGACGCUGACAGAGAUGUAUGCCCUGGACACCAACAUCUCCUACCAGCACGCCUUCAUCUAUAUCCGGCAGCUCGCCAUCCACCUGCGCAGUGCUAUGACCAUAAAGAAGAAGGAGAACUUCCAGUCUGUCUACAACUGGCAGUACGUCCACUGCCUCUAUUUCUGGUGUCGGGUUCUCAGCACAAUCUACCCCAGCGAGGUCAUGGAGCCCUUGAUCUAUCCUCUGACACAGGUCAUCAUUGGCUGUAUAAAGCUGGUGCCCACAGCUCGGUUCUACCCGCUGCGCAUGCACUGCAUCCGUGCCCUUACGCUGCUGUCUGAGAACACCAGGACCUUCAUCCCCGUGCUGCCAUUUAUCCUGGAGAUUUUCCAGCAAGUGGAUUUCAACAAGAGGCCAGGACGCAUGAGUGCUAAGCCGAUAAACUUCGCGGUGAUCCUGAAGCUUUCCAACGCCAACCUGCAGGAGAAAGCCUUCCGAGAUGGCCUCAUCGAACAGCUCUAUGACCUGAUUCUUGAGUAUCUGCAUUGCCAAGCCCACAGCAUCGGGUUCCCAGAGUUGGUUCUCCCCACUAUCAUCCAGCUAAAAUCUUUCCUGAAGGAGUGCAAGAUCGCCAACUACUGCAAGCCUAUCCGGCAGCUGCUGGAGAAAGUGCAGGAAAAUUCUGCCUACAUCGCCAGCAGGCGUCAGAAAGCUACCUUCGGGGUGGCCAGCAGGGAGUCUGUGGAGCAGUGGGAGAAGCAGGUCAAAGAGGAGGGGACGCCGCUGACCAAGUACUACACCCAGUGGAAGAAGCUGAGGGAGAAGGAGAUCCAGCUGGAAAUCACUGGCAAAGAAAGACUUGAAGACUUGAACUUCCCCGAAAUUAAGCGUAAGAAGCAAGAGGAAAGGAAGGAGGAAGACAAGAAGGAAUUCAAGGAGCUCUUCGAGCUGGACACUGACUCUGAUGAGGAGAGCACUGGGAUUGCUGUAAAAGGGAAAUCCAAAGCCAAAGCAGCGUCGGAUGACGACAGCUCCGAAGCAAGCAGCAAGGACUACGGUGAGGACGAUGACGACGAGGAGGGAGAGUACGAGGUGGAGGAGGACGAGGAAGAUUUGGAAGACGACGGCGACUCCGACGAGGACGACAGCACCGAGGCCCCGCGGAAGCAGAGGAGAGGCCCCCAGGGGCUGUCGCGGGCUGACCUGGAGCAGCUGGCGCAAGGCGGUGAGGACGUUGUGGAGGACCUGGCGUUCUCCGAUGAGGACUGAGCACCUCCGGGCCCUUACAGCCCCGCCGGACCUCCCCCAGCCUCCAGCACCUCCAGCUGGGCUCCAGGAGGUGGUAAGGAGGGGGGGGACCCAUCCCCAGGUGCCACCGAGGACUGUUACGGUGACACGGCGCAGCAGCCGCUUGGACUUCUCAAGCUUUUUCUACAGACUCUAUAUAUUUUUGGUAACGUUUUUUUUUUGGGGGGGGGCACUUCAAAGCCAGUAAAACUGCUCGGCGUAGGUAAUAAAAAGCCCUCAUUAAAAUCUGGUUUAAAUAACGUAGGCUCCCAUUUCAGCUUCUGCUGGCCAGGGGAAGGAGCAGCCCCUUUGUCUGAGGGGCCUCCUGCCCGUCCAGCCUCCCCGUUUUGCUCCGGGCUUUCUCCCCAAACCCUCUCUUUAGCCAGGGGUCCUCAAGGAGUGCGCAGAGCGUUUGGAGCUUUGUGUCCUCGCUGCAAAGGGAAAGCUUUUAUCGGGGACAGCCGAGGCAGCUCAGCCAGAUGCCCAGGCUGUAAGGAUGCUGAGUGUGUGGGAACCUGAAAUAACCAGCCCUGGGGUGUGGGAGCAGGGUGGAGUAAGGAGGCCAAGGUAAUAAUGUAGGAAAUACGCUUUUCACAUCAGAAAAAUUGUAGGAUUUGCCCAGGAUUUGUUGGCUAGACCCCAGAGCCACGUGCUUGGUGAGCCAAGGGGCACCCAGGGUGCUCCUGUGCGCUGUGACAGUCCCGGUGUCACCCGUGGUGGCACCGGGAACGUGCCCGGCUGCUGGCUGUGAGCCCUGCAAGCCCUCCCUAAAAAACAGGUUUAAGUAUUCUCAGAGUGAUCUGACAAAAAAAAAACACUCCUGAAAAUUAACCAUGCCUUUCAAGGGUAUUUUUUUUUUUUCUUCAUGCAGAUUUCUUGGAAAGGAAGAGAGAGAGGCAGGGCUGAAUGUUAUCUUUAUUCCUCUCUGUCCCCGUUCGGUGUCAGCACCGGGGUGGCCAAGCUGCCUGCACGGGCUUGUUCAUCACUGCCUGCUGCUCUGCCUACGUGUUCCCCUCCAGGCACACCGCAAGAAGACGAGCUGUUUUCUUUAAAACAUUUAAAAAUCUGUAUUUUUAAGGGCUGUUUUCAUGGAGCAGAACUAACCACAGCUCAGAAACGUUCCCUUACUGCAGCCAAAAAGGACCAGUCAAGCCACGUGUCGCGCAGCCCGGCUGCUGUGCUCCCUCUCGCCCCAUCCCUGAGCGACACCCACACCAAGCUGUAAUUCUGCUCUUCCUGCCCUGCACCCCGUGCUGCUCCUCUCCUGCUUCCAACCAUCCUUGCUGUGCAGGUAACGGGUAAAUCACUGCUGCAGGAGGGCUGUGGGGGAACUGGGUCUGUGUCCUUCAGAGUUCAUUACGUUUUUUUGGAGCUUAGGGGGUAGAAAGGGCUGUGGUUUCUUUCUUCCCGCAGCUGUAGUUAAAAUAAUUAUUAGUUCUGUCCCUAAACACGCGCCCAGAUACCCUUUGGCCCCUAAGGAGGAGGGAGUAUCCUCAGAAAUCAAUAAUUUAUUAUUAUUUAUUUAUUAUUUAGAGAGCCCUGAGGGGGCUGAGCACCUGCUGCUUUAGCAGGGGUCGGGAUUGCUCCAGACUGAGGGGCCAGGCUGGUAACGCAGCCGCUGUCCCCAGGCGGUGACAGCUGGGAUGUGGCUGCAGGGACGAGGCUUGCAGGGCCCUAACUGCAAGAAAAAGGUUGAACUUACCUUCUCUUCCAAAAGAAAGGGGCUGUUCCUGCCUCCUUUCCCUUAACUUUGCUGGGCAAGGAGGUUUUUUGCCAUUUAACACCGGGUUCCCACCACCAGCAGCAUGCACACGAUGAAAGAGGCUUCGUGGGUAAAGGACCCAUCCACGAGGGGCUCAGGAAGCCAGGUACCAUUUGUAAAUUAAGUGUUUUUCUUUUUUAUUUAAACUGAUUGCUGGAAAGCAUUUUUAUCGUGAUGUGAUGGAUAAUGACAAUUUUUUUUUUUUAAUUAUUUUACAAUAUAAAGAAGCUAAUGUACCACCAAGCUAUUUUUGUAAGAAAAAACGGCAGCACGUGCAACGUUUAAACAAAAAAAAAAAAAGAGGGGAGAGAGAGAGAGAGAAAAGUACCACAUGUGAUUGUUGCUCACAACUGUACAAGUCACAGGAGGUCACCCCCAGGAGUUUCCGUCUCGUUCACAGUAGUAAAAACUCUGCCCCUUGUUUUUUUUUUAGCCUGACCCCCCCCAGCAUCCCUCCCCCUCCUCUGGGAACGCACAGGUAUCCGUCUCAUGGUCCACAGCAGGCCAGAAUGUGCAACUACAUCCACCUCUGUAACAAGGCUUUAAAAGGAACAAAAACCAACCCUACAAACGAACAAAAAUAAUAAUAACCCAAACGUAGAAAUGAGUCCGUAGGACACGCGACAAGAGGGAGAGGGCCACGCUGGAGUGAGGCCUGUGACCCUUCGUCCCAAAUCAGCACACACACUCCUUUUUUUUUUUCUUCUUUAAAACAAAACAAGGGGAAAAAAACAAAAAAAGCAGCUCUGCGGGGCUGGAGCAGAGUCCUCCUGGGUGUGUGCUGCAAGGAAAAGGCGCCGGGGAGAGGGCAGCCCCCAGCCGAGGGGCCGCGCGCCGCCUGUGCCGUACCAUCCACACUGAAGUAAACAUGGACCGGAACUUGCCUUUUAGUUUUAAGUUUUUCUAUUUUUUUUUCUUUUUUUUUUUUUUUGUCUGUCUUUGGUAUUGUUUUAAAAGUCGCUAGAGAUGCAUAGACACCUGAAUGAGGAACUGAGGACAGUUUCCCGGGAGGAGGAGCUGCUUGGGAAGGCGCUCGCGUGCCGUUUCCGUGGGUUUCCUUUUCCCUCAGGGGUGCUGAGUACCGGUGGGAGGAGCAGUGCCCGGUCCCUGGCCCUGCUCCGAGUCACUGCCAGAAGUUGCUGCCAGCCGUGUGGCUCUGAAGGCAAAGAGGAGCUUUUUUUUCCUCCCCGCUCCCAGCUCUCCAUCAGCCUGGGGAGCGCGAAGGGGCGUGGAAGGGAAGGGCACCGCCGCCGUCCUCCACCAUCAUCUUCCUCUUCACUCGUCUUGCCUCGAAAAACAUCUUUGGAUAGUUUUCUUUCCUUCCCUUUAUACAGUUUUUAAAACUUC